AUGGACAGUCGGACGUGGGGCACUUGCAUCCUCUGCUUGCUGAGCCCAUUGCCAACCGUGCUGGGCCUUGUGCACCCAGAAUGUGACUUCAUCAUGCAGUUGAGAGAGGAUGAGCAUGCAUGUCUGCAAGCAGAAGAGGGGAUGCCCAACACCACCCUGGGUUGCCCCAGGACCUGGGAUGGGCUGCUGUGCUGGCCGGUGGCAGGCUCUGGCGAGUGGGUCACCCUCCCCUGCCCAGAUUUCUUCUCUCACUUCAGCCCCGAGCCAGGGUCUGUGAAACGGGAUUGCACCAUCACAGGCUGGUCUGAGCCCUUCCCACCUUACCCUGUGGCCUGCCCUGUACCCCUGGAGCUGCUGGCUGAGGAGAAAUCUUACUUCUCCACGGUGAAGAUCAUCUACACCAUGGGCCAUAGCAUCUCUAUUGUGGCCCUCUUCGUGGCCAUCGCCAUCCUGGUCACUCUCAGGAGACUCCGCUGCCCCCGGAACUACAUCCACACCCAGCUGUUCGUCACCUUUAUCCUCAAGGCGGGAGCCGUGUUCCUGAAGGACGCUGCCCUCUUCCACGGCGACAACACCGACCACUGCAGCUUCUCCACUGCUCUGUGCAAGGUCGCUGUGGCCGCCUCCCAUUUUGCCACCAUGACCAACUUCAGCUGGCUGUUGGCAGAAGCUGUCUACCUGACCUGCCUCUUGGCUUCCACGUCUCCCGGUGCCAGGAGACCCUUCUGGUGGCUGGUUCUGGCUGGCUGGGGGUUUCCCACGCUCUUCACCGGCACGUGGGUGGGUUGCAAGCUGGCUUUCGAGGACGUUGGGUGCUGGGAUCUGGACAACAGCUCCCCCUCCUGGUGGAUCAUCAAGGGACCCAUCGUCCUCUCUGUUGGGGUGAACUUUGGCCUUUUUCUGAAUAUUAUUCGCAUCCUGCUGAGGAAACUGGAGCCGGCUCAGGGAAGCCUCCAUACCCAGUCUCAGUACUGGCGUCUCUCCAAGUCCACGCUUCUCCUCAUCCCACUGUUUGGAGUUCACUACAUCAUCUUCAACUUCCUGCCUGACAAUGCUGGCCUGGGCAUCCGCCUGCCCCUGGAGCUGGGACUGGGCUCCUUCCAGGGCUUCAUCGUUGCCAUCCUGUACUGCUUCCUCAACCAAGAGGUGAGGACCGAGAUCGCCCAGAGGUGGCAUGGCCAUGACCCUGAGCUUCUGCCAGCCCGGAGGACCUGUGCCAAGUGGACGAUGCCCCCUAGCUCGGGGGUGAAGGUGCUGACAUCUGUGUGCUAGGCUGGCCACUUCACAUGACUGGAGUCCACACCUGAGUUUUUGGGCAGCUGCCAGGGGUCUCUACCCUCCAGGGGAGCGAGAGGAACCAGUGCUCCUGGGGAGCACUCAAACCCCCCUACUCCCCAAAAGCUGUUGCCCAGAGGCAGCCCUGGGCCACCGCUCCUCUUUCUAGAGCUUGUGGCUAUCACCCAAGGCCCAGGGAGCCAGCAAACAUGUAAAUGAAUAGAUACACAUUGUACCAGUUUGUAUAUAUUGUGCCCCCCAGAAAAAGCCAUGUUCUUUGA